GGGGAGUCUGGCGGAGUUUCUGCUCCUCCCAGGCUGAUAUCAAAGGGCAGCAGGAGCUGUGACAGAAGGCAAAUAUUCAGACCAGAGCCAGAUGGGGAACUGAAAGCAAGAGGAAAAGCAAGAGUAUCAGGUUAUUUACUGAAACCUCCUUCUGUUACCAUUUGGAGCAUAGAGGGGCUGCUGGGAUGGCCGGCCUCCAGACCGACAUGGAAAUGCUCUACCCCGAGACAGUUGUACACGUGGGCAGGGUGACUUUUGGAGAAGAGAACAGGAAGAAGAUGACCAAUCACUCUCUGAAAAAAGCCGAGAAUAAGAAAAUCAUCCAGGCCACGUGUGCCCUGUUAAACUCUGGAGGGGGUGUGAUCAAAGCAGAGACUGAUGAUAAAACCUACAGUUACCGAUGCCACGGGCUGGGACAGGAUCUGGAAACUUCUUUCCAAAAGCUCCUUCCUUCCGGUUCACAGAAAUACCUUGACUACAUACAGCAGGGGCACACCCUCCUGAUUUUUGUGAAGUCCUGGAGCCCAGAUGUUUUCAGCCUUCCCCUCCGAAUUUGCAGCUUGCGCUCCAAUCUCUACCAGAGAGCUGUGACCUCCACGGUCAACCUGAAUGCCUGCAGUGCCCUAGAGCUUCUCCGAGAGAAGCAGUCUAGAGCCCAAAGAGGGAGAUCGGGGGUGAAGGAGCUGAGUUCUCAGAAAGUUCCCGACAGAGACAUUCAGGAAGAAGAAGACAUGAGGAUGUCUGCCUCAGAGUUGUUUCAAAAGGACAAGCUCAUGUAUAAGGAGAAACUCAAUUUUACCGAGUCAACCCAUGUUGAGUUUAAAAGGUUCACCACCAAAAAGAUUGUCCCCCGGAUUAAAGAAAUGCUGCCUCAUUAUGUUUCUGCGUUUGCCAACACCCUCGGGGGAUACCUCAUUUUUGGUGUAGAUGAUAAGACCAAAGAAGUGUUUGGAUGUAAAAAAGAAAAAGUGAACCCUGACUUACUAAAAAAAGAGAUAGAAAACUGUAUAGAAAAGUUGCCAACAUUCCACUUCUGCUGUGAGAAGCCGCAGGUGCAUUUCACUACCAAAAUCUUGAAUGUGUACCAGAAAGAUGUCCUUUACGGCUACGUCUGUGCGGUUCAAGUAGAGCCCUUCUGCUGUGUCCUAUUCUCAGAGACCCCGGAUUCCUGGAUCAUGAGGGACAAUUCUAUCACAAGGCUGACGGUGGAGCACUGGGUGGCCAUGAUGCUGGGUGUUCAGUCAGCAACUUCCAGUCUGACCACCAACGCCAGCUUUCCCCUGCGUGCGCCAGCUCCAUCAGUGCUGGGAAGCCCAUCAUCUCCCAUGAAAGUCCUGGAAUUGAAGGGGCCUCUACAACAACGUCUGUUUCCAGUGACGCGGGAAGAGAUACAGUUUAAACCAGAAUCCCUCUGUAAGAAGCUCUUCUCAGAUCAUAAAGGACUCAAGGAAUUAAUGAAGACACAGAUAUAUCCUUGUUCUCAGGGGAUUGUGAUAUUUUCUAGAAGCUGGGCUAGUGAUGUUGGCUUAAGGAAAGAGCAGGAUGUCCUCUGUGAUGCUCUCCUAAUAGCGGGAAACAGUCCCCUGGUACUCUAUACAAUCUUGGUAAACCCCAGUUGGGAUGGAGGGCUUGAGUAUGCCCGAAAUACUGCUCAUCAGCUAAAGCAGAAACUGGGAACUGUUGGUGGUUACACAGGGAAAGUGUGUGUUAUUCCGAGGCCGAUGUACCUGCCCAGCAUACAGCAUAGCCCUGGUGAGAUCCUCAUACACUACCCCCAGUGCUACAGGCUUACCACCAAGGAGGAGAUGGAAGACUUGUUGCAGGCCCUUAUCGUCGUCUCACUGUAUUCUAGAUCUCUUCUGAGUGACCAGCUGGGCUGUGAAUUUUUCAGCUUGCUCAUAGAGGAGCAGUGUGAGUUGCUUUCAGAGAGCCUCCAGGAGACACGAGAAUUGUUCAUCCACUGCUUUCCAGGAACCAGGAAGACAGCCCUGGCCAUAAAGAUCAUGGAGAAAAUUAAGGAUUUGUUCCAGUGCAAACCCAAAGAGAUCCUUUAUGUUUGUGAAAGUGACUCCCUAAAGGAUUAUGUGAGCCAACAAACCACCUGCCAAGCUGUGACCCGGAAGACCUUCUUACAAGGGGAGUUCCUAAAGAUUAAGCACAUAGUGAUGGAUGAGACUGAGAAUUUCUGCAGCAAAUAUGGAGACUGGUACUUGAAGGCCAGGAGCAUCACCCACCCAAAGGUGAGGGGAGCUGGAAGUGAAAACCUUCAUCGUGGGAUUCUCUGGAUUUUUCUGGACCCUUUCCAAGUCCGUCAUGCAGAUAUUAAUGGCCUUCCCCCUCCAUCUGCUCAGUUUCCUCGAAAAACAAUCACCAGCGGGAUCCACUGUGCUCGAGAAAUAGCCAUGGUCAUGAAAGAAGAAAUGAAGAGGAUCAAAGGCAACCCGCCCCCCAGCAUGUCCCCAGACACACUGUCACUGUUCAGGGAAGCUGCCUACGAGGAGGCAGUGCGUGCCCAGGCUCUGCCUGGGGUGUGUGAGACGGAGACUAACCUGACCAUGGAACAGGUUGUGAAACGGGUGGCAGAAAGGUGUCAUGACUUGUUCCAAUGUGGCUAUCAGCCCAAAGACAUUGCAAUUCUGUGCAGGAAAGGGGAGGACAGAGGACGCUACGAGCUUGCACUGCUAAAAGCAAUGGAAUUAUGUGAAACCCAUGGAGCAACAAAGGUUGUGUUCAGCCAGGCCUCCGGUGUUUGGGGCAGUCACAUCAUUUUAGACAGUAUCCAGCAGUUUUCGGGCCUGGAGAGAAAUAUUGUAUUUGGGCUUAGUCCAGAAUGCACCCUGUCAGAAGAAGCUCAUAAGCUCUGCUUUGCCACACGAGCCAUUAAACACCUCUACCUGCUCUAUGAAAAGAGGGCAGCUUUCUGAAAAUCAUUUUAACAAUGCAGGCGGCCAGAAAGAGCAGAGUCCCUUCUCCCAGGCAGGUGGCAGCAACUCCUUCUCACGUGUUAUCAGUGAGGAAAUCAAGAAACAGUAAGUAUGGUGCGGAGCCACAGAAAUGUUUCUCAGGAGUGACCCUUCCCUUUUAUGUGCUGUCACUGUCCUCUUCCCCUUCCACUUCACCUCCUCCCUGUACAGUCAUAGCAAACUGAUGAUUGGUCAGUUUGCUAUGAUUGGUCCCUGCCUCUGGUUUUCCUAGUCCGGUCCAUCUUUCAGGGAGCAGAGGUUCUCCUCAAAUAGAGAACAGAGUGUGUGACAUCCCCAGAUUGUUUUUAAUUUCUGGAAAGGCUUAGGACAAACUUACUGAUGCUGGGGAGGCAGGAAUGCAAAAGAACGUGUGAAAAUAGUCCUCUGCCUAUAAUUUCAGAUAAAAACCAUCAGCUUUCCGGGAGGUGGGAAAACAGACAGGGCUUGGAAAAGCAUUCACCGUGGCCUUUCUAAAUUGCUCAGGCCACCAGAUGGGUCAGUCUGAACCUAAUGGUCAGCUAAGUCUUGGCGAAUGGAUUGAACAGAACUUCUCCCCUGCCUCUUGCUGCUUCAGUUACUUGACAUUUCCUCCUUUUUACCUUUCCUUGGGGUUUUGGGGGUACUUUGGGUGGGAGAAAUAAAGUUAAACAAUUAAUUAGCUUCUGAUGAAGCAAAAGAUUCCAAUGCAUGAACAUUUGGAUAAUGGGAGAUGUGUGAAUUCUCGAAAAAUAAUUUAAAGAGCCAAAAGUGGAGAGGGAUUAGGGGAAGAGGAAAAACAGGGAACUGCUAUAUUUUAGUCAUAAGCCUCAGUACCGUCCCACUUUUUAAAACAAUAUGUAUAUAUUAUAUACUUUGAUAAAAUCAUUUGUUUUUAAAAGAAUUGUUUUAUAUAUUAAAUUGGAGAAUCAUCAGUUCUUAGUCUACUCCAGCAGCUCAGUCUGGCUUAAAGUAGAAAGCCUAACUCAGUGGUUCUCAACCCUGGCUACUCAUUAAAACAUCUGCCGGGGGGGCACAGGGGCUUUAAAAAAUACCUGUGACCCGGGGUAUGUGGGUGGUGCAAAUGGUGCAGUCAGUUGAGUGCCUGAGUCUUGAUUUCAGCUCAGGUCUUGAUCUCGGGGUCAUGAGUUCAAGCCCCACGUUGGGCUCCACCCUGGACGUGGAGCCUACUUAAACAAAAAAACAACCCAGUGAUCAGGCCAAACACUCAACCAAUUAAAUAAGCAUCUCCAGGCCUGGGCUUGAGCAUCUGCAUUUAUUAAAAGUCACCCCGAUGAUUCUAAUAUACCACCAGGUUGAGAACUAUUGAACCCAAGUCUGUUCUUUCUGUCCUCAAAUAGAUGUAUACACACAUUUCUCUUCCCAUCAGACUGUGAGCUCCUUGAGAGUAAGGAUGGUCACUUACACGUCUUUAUUGCCCCAAAUGCCACUAGUGCAGUGCCUCAAACAUGGCAGGUGCUCAGUAAUCAUUUGUUGAAUGGACUUGCUGCUUUCAGAAAAUCAGAUCUGCUAGGGACAAUACCUCUAUUCACUGAAAUGGCUAUCUAAUUCUGGAGCCUUCAAAGAGGGCAGUGUGGAGAAUAAUCAACACUGAAAGAAUGAAAUAAAAGAACGAAGGAAUUUAAACUGUUUUUAGGCAAGAGGCAAAAUUAAAGGUCCAUGUUGCUGGAAGUUCAUUAGAUUUGAGUUUGGGAUUUGGAACUGGUGGGGACUAAGAGUAAUUGACUUAGAAAUCCAAACUUUUCCACAGACUCUUAUAUACACUGCAUAAAACAAUUUGUUUGAUAAAAUAACGUACCUCUUAUAAGCAUCUAAAACUUACUUUAAAAAAGAAGGGUGAUAUAAUUCCAUUAUGUAGGUUUGAGAAAUGGACAAAGACAAAAUAAAAAGUUCUUAUCAUCUUGUUAUCCAAGCAUACUUUUUUCCCCAUUUUUGCUUAUUUACUUCCAGUCCUUGUUGAUAUACAAAAAUAGUAUAUUAUGAUCAAGUUGUACAGUCAAUUUUAUAUCCUGUGUGCAUUUUCUCCAUUGAACCUUUUUGUGAAGCGUUGUUGUAGAUUGCAUUAUUGUUCCCAAUCCUUCAUCACUCUCCCUGCUACACUCUUUAUAGCUCCUAACAUUAGAGCAAGAGGAUAUUUCCCGCCCUCUUGAUGUGGGCUAUCUGGCCAAAGAAAUAUCAAUCAUUGUGAUGUGCACAGAGGCGUUACCAUUUCAGUAGUAGGCUUGUUCUCUUGGGCUUCUGCUCUGGUCAUGCAAAGACUAGGUCUCGGGCAGCCCACCGGUCACUGAUGAGUGACAGAUGUGAAGUGGGCUUGCGCUCAGCUCAGUGCCUGGAGCCAGGUUCAACUGAUCCCGACUAGGUUAACUGAAACCCAGCUGACCUACAAAUGCAUAUGUGAGAAAUAUGUGCUUAUGAUCUCCGUCUGAGAUUUCAAGGUUUUUGCAGCAUAAUAUUCCAGCAGACUAUAAUAAUUUUACACUAUUAAAAUUAAGCCAGGCACAUAGGCAUACAGUCUUUUCUUUCUUUGGUAUAUUUGUAAAUCCCCAGAGAUGAGAUUUCCGGAUCAAGAAGGUGGCCUAGAUCAAAGAUUCACCUCAUUUAUGUAGGGUUCUGAUGGGAAGUGGAUAGGAAAAGCCCCAAGGAUGCCGAUGUGUUGCCUUAAACAAGAAAACAAGAUGCUGACAUCAGAUUUGAUGACUGAGACACUGGUGACUCAGAAACAGGUGCAUGGAGAAGAAAACCACGGCUCAUCACCCUAGUCCAGGACCCAAAAGGAAGAUCUUAACUUGGAAAAUUACAGAUGGGAACAUUGUAUAACUUUAACAUUAUAUGGAAAAAAUAUUCUGGUCACUUGAAACCGAUGUAGAGUACGAUCUCAAAGAAAAGGCGAGACAGGAUGUCUCUGACCAUCAAUGGGACUUUUUUCUGAAGAGAAUCUUUAGCAUGAAAAGCCCCAUUGCGGGAAAGAGGAGGAAGCGGAGAAGUAAACUAGAUUUCCUAAGAAGGCAAGCUGCCCCAGUUCCCCCAAAGUUUUGGGGAGACUGGACAUUAAAUUGUUUUCGAGAAGCUUCAAUUUGAAAUAAGGACAAAAUUUAAGAUAACUGUAUGUUACUAUUUAUCGAGCUAUUACUACAACCAGCUACUAAUGCUGGUUGCUAAUGCUUUGCCUACAUUCGCACAUCUCUGCAGGAUAGAUACAUAUUGUCUCCAUUUUAGAGAUGAUAAAACUGAGGCACAGAGAAUUUAACUUUCUCAAAGGUGCACGUCUGGUAAGUGCCCAAGCUGCGUGAAUAAGUGGACUCUUCGAUAUGGUGGUCUUAACUUUGAGGACGUAUAAAUACUCUGAAAAUACUAUCCAGAGGCAAAAAUAUACUCACGUUCGUUAUCAGGAUUCUCUAUCAAGCUCUCAUCUCCAGAAAGCAUUGGCCUCCAACGCAAGGGAAAUAGCUGACUAGUCUAUACUGUUUCCUGUAUUUAACAUCUGUCACUUCUCCCAGAGACUCCUGACCAUUCUAGAAAAAUCUGAAUUUCUUCUUCUAUAAAGCUCAGGAUUAGAUUCAGGUCAUAUUCCUGACGUGUCCAAGGUCAGGCACUCCUAACAGGAACUGCUGCUGUAUCUUGACUUCUCCUACUGGGACAUUGGAAGUGAUUCAGAAUGCAAACUCUCCACCUUCCUUCUUCCUUUAAAACCCCUUAGAAUAUAUUUAUACCCCCAUCUAUCUAUCUAUCUAUCUAUCUAUCUAUCUAUCUAUCUGUCUAUCUAUCUAUAAGAGUAGAUCUUGUUGGUGAUCAAAUGAAAUGGGCAUUUCAAAAGUUCCAGGGACAAUGUUUUCCCUCUGAAUCUACCUCCCCCAUAAAGGGAAGAGGAGCCUUGAGCUGCCUCAUCAAGAUCUUCAGUUGACAGAGGCAACGUGAUUUUGAAAUAAAUUUUCAAUAAAUAAGCUUCACAGAAAUAAGUUUUUAAUUUUGUUCCUUCUUUCAUCUCCACCUAAAAU